AUGCCAACCCCCGACUUCAACUCCCCCACCCUCUUCCCCCCCUUCCUCUCACUCCCCCUCACCACCACCACCAUCCCUCCCCCCGGCACAGAAGGCUCCCAAGCCGCCCUAACCAACUUCUCCUCCCUAAAACCCCACAAAAUCGAAUACCCCGACCCUUCCCUGCAACAACAUGACUACUACCUAAUGGCCACCGUCCUGCAAAACAUGACAAUCACCAAACCAACCCUCAUCCUCACUGACUCAACUGGGCAACGCUUUGCUCUCGUCUACGCCGACCGGGUAGCUCCCGGUCCCUUUGCCGGGCCCAGGGGAGGAGGUACCGUAGGACCCAAUGUGUUGGAUUUGGGGAGGAAGGGGUUCAAGGCGGGAAGUACGACUGUUGUGUUGAAGAAUGCUAAGAGGAAUGUUGUGGUCAGGGAGGGGUGGGAUGACCAAAUUGAGCGGAUGAGGACGGGGAUGGGGGUUGAUCUCGGGUUGGGGAAAGGGAACGAGUUUAAGGAGGAGGAUGAGGAGGAGGUUGAGAAGGCUGUGGGGGAAGGGGAUGAUGCCAAAAAGGAGAAGGACGGGGGACAGCAAAGCCAGAGUCAGAACAAUGGUAACCAGAAUGGGGGGACAACAAAAAGAAAACGCAAGCAAGGCUCGAUACGGAUUAGCAAAGCCGAGGAGGACGAGGUCAAGAUCAUACCGGGCAAAUUGGAGGACGUGCAGCGCGUGGGGAAGUACUUGCGGGAGAGGGAGCAGGACGAGGCGAAGGGGAACUCGUGCGCACAGUGUGGAGCGCAGGGGGGAGAGGAUAAGUCGCUUAAGCAAUGUACUGGGUGCCGUGGAGUCAAGUAUUGCGGGAAGGAAUGUCAAACCAAAGCAUGGAACGAAGGAGGUCAUAAGGCCGACUGCAAGAUCAUCAAGGCCAUCAAGGCGAUCUGGCCGUGA